AUGGCACAGCCUCUAGACGCGGCCAGGCUGGCCCACGAUCUAUCAAAGCGCAUGAUGAACCACCAUGGCGCAACAGCAGCAGCAGUCCCCGGCAAGGCGCCGCUGAAGCUCCUCCAGUGGGCGCUUUCCCAGCUAGAGGAGUGCGCGCGAACGCGCUCCGUUCCCGCUUCGAACGUGGUGGAAGUUGCGAUGGCGGCUAUCAAGGACGAGAUGGGCGUGCCGGCGGGAGAGCAACAACCUCCUGCUGCGGGUGUUGCGGCGCAUCCCGCUUCUGCGCCUCGUACCAGCGGCAGUGCUGUUGACGGGAGUUCAUCAAAGGGGGGGACCAGGGAAAAGAAAGCCGGAGGGAAGAGCGGUGGCGGGCGAUCGAAGGGAAAGGUGGUGUUUACGCCGUUGUACGGCUGCGACGAAGGGGCGACUGGGGUGGAGCCUGUGAGCUCGAUAUUGGAGGUGGGUGGUGUGACGAUCCUGCUGGACUGCGGGUGGGACAUCCACUUCGACACCGCGCUGCUGGAGCCCCUCCGCGAGGUGGUGAAGCGGAUAGAUCUCGUGCUCAUCUCCCACCCCGACCUCGAGCACUUGGGGGGCCUGCCGUACGCGUUCGGCAAGCUUGGCAUGCGCGCGAAGGUGUACGCCACCCUGCCGGUGUGGAAGAUGGGGCAGAUGGCCGUCUACGACGCCUACAUCUCCCGCACGCACGAGGGGAACUUUCAGGCGUUUGACCUGGACGACGUCGACGCCGCGUUCGCUCGGUUCAAGACGCUCAAGUUCUCGCAGCACUUGACCUUCUCGGGUCGAGGUGCGGGGGUGACCAUCACCCCUUACGCGGCGGGGCGUAUGAUCGGGGCUGCCGUGUGGCGCGUGUCCUGGCAGACGGAGGACAACGACAUUGUCUACGCCACGGCGUACAACAACGACCACGAGAGACAUCUCCGGGCGUCGGCUUUGGGCACCCUGACCCGCCCAAGCGUGCUCAUCACCGACGCUCACAACGCCCUGACGGGCGGCGGCAUGAUCCGCAAGGACCCGAGCAGCAAACGCAAGUUGCGGGAGGUGGAGCUAAUCUCGACGGUGAUGGACACCGUUCGGGGCGGGGGCAACGUUCUCCUGCCCACUGACACAGCGGGGCGCGUACUGGAGCUGCUGGUGUUGCUGAACGACUACUGGCAGAAGCACCGCCUCGGGAGUUACAAGCUCGUGCUCCUGCACAACACGGCGUUCAACACCUGCGAGUUCGCCAAGAGCCAGCUGGAGUGGAUGAGCGAAGACAUUGGCAGGGCGUUCGACCUACAGCGGAGCAACCCCUUCGAGCUUAGAAACGUUCACAUCAUGCACAGCUUGGAGGAACUCGACGAGCUUGGGGACGACCCUAAGGUGGUGAUGGCGACGGACAUGUCCCUGGACUUCGGCUUCUCGAAGGCCCUCCUGCUCCGGUGGGCCUCCGGCGGCGCCAACACCAUCCUCUUGACGGGAAGGGGCCACGGCAACACCACCGCUCGCACGCUCAUCGCCAAGAGUGAGUACCGGAAGAGCGAGGCGGGCAGGAGAGCUGCCGCUAAGGACGCGGCGGCGGCAGCCGGGAGAGGGGCGAGGGUGGGGUACAGCGGCGCGGUCGGGGCUGGGUUUGGGGCGGGCGGUGGCGGUAGCGGCGGAAACGGGCAGGGGGACGACGGGGAAGAGGAGGAGGAAGAGGAGGAGGACGAGGAGGCAUCCAUGGUGGUGCCGGUCACGGUGCCGGUUCGGGUGCCGCUUGCCGGCGAGGAGCUCAAGGCUUUUCGGGACGAGGAGAACAGAAAGCGAAGGCUAGAGCAGGAGGAGGAAGAGCAGAGACGACACGCUGCUGCCAUGGAGAAAGAGCAGGUUAUCGCGGACUCCGACGAAGGCUCCGAUAAGGAUGACGACGAGACAGACCCAGCACCGAAGCGAAGGAGGGCGAUUGUGGCCAGCCUCUUCAGCAAGUACUCCAAGCCACAGCACCUCAUGUUUGGGUACUACGACCCUCACGUUCCGACGGACGAGUACGGGGUGAAGGAGACCGAGCCGAUAGGAUGGCUGGCCGCUGCGAUGCAGCAGCAAAACUCGGAGAUGCCGGCGGCAAUGCAAGAGGCGGGUGCGGCGCUUCAGGAGGCUAGAGCGGGCAAGAAACGUCAGCUUCAGGAUGACAGCAACACCGGUCGUUCCAGUACCGGAGACGAAGAGACCGAGGACGGCGGUGGCAGAGGCGGCGGCGGCGGCGGGGACGACGGCGAAGCAUCCCCUGGUGACGACCAGGACGAGCAACAGCAAGAACCCGUGGUAGACGCUCUCCGAGCCAGCGCGGGGGAGGGGAAAGAGUCUGCUUUUUUCCAGGACUCCGGCGCUGUUCCCACGAAGCUGGAGCAGGAAGUGCAAGAGUUGGAGGUGCUCUGCCGCGUGGUGUACGUGGACUCGGAGGGGCUGUCGGACGGCACGUCCGUGAAGAACACGGCGGUGACCCUGGCGCCCAAGAUGCUCAUCGUCACGGGGGGGUCGAGGAGGGCGAAGGCGGAGCUCGUGUCUUACGUCCGGCACGCGGUGGAACCCGCAGCGGCGGGGAGAAGAGCACGGGGGGGAGGGAGGGGCGGGGGCGGGGGCAGAGAUAGCGGGGGCAGCGAAGACGACGGCGAGGAGGAGGAGGAGGACGUCGCCUGUCGUUUUGUGGUGGUGAACAAGGCCAUGGAGCCGGUGCCGGUCGCGCUGGACUCCGGAGCGUUCGACGUCCUCUUGCACGACUCGCUGCACACGCAUCUCAAGUGGAAGCAGCUGGAUAACUACGGGGUUGCGCACGUGGAGUGCCGAGUCGACCCCCGGGGCGAUGUGCCGCUGCUCUGCGCGAAGCCGCGGGCGGAGAGGGUGGGGCACCCGGCCAUGUUCCUGAGCGUGGGGAAGGUGAACGUCACGCCACAAAUCCUACAGGUGAAUUGGCUCGAGACGAUUUCACAGAGUUUUAUGUCUCACCACCGCUGUUUAGGUUGAAGUGGCCAAUUCCUUUGCCUCUCGGUCAGCAGCGCUGAUCGAGUGGUGUGAAGGGUUAGCCCCUUUUGUCGUAACGUCGUGGUGACCGACCACUUGGUUGUCGACCUUCGAACACCGAGCAACCGUGGAAGACCGAGCGAGACGGCUUCUGUACGUGGGCGCACUUCUACUGUUCCGCAGCUCAUCUGAACUCUCCU